CCUAGUUUGUUAGAGCAGACUCCCAAAGAAUAUAACUCCAUUGUGUGAUAAAACCCUCUUAGUUCACCAAAAACGAAGGGCUCAUAAACUGCAAGAGUCGGUUCCUAUCAGGAUUGUGGAGUCUGCAACCAGAUAUCAAUACAAAAUAGAAUUGAAGAGAUGUAUCAUCAUCAACAACAGCUCCAGAGUCACAGCCAUUUCCUGUCUUCUAGGCAGACAUCCCCUCCAGAAAGGCAUUUGCUUCUGCAAGGAGGGAGUAUUCCAGCAGAGCCAGGGCUUGUGCUUUCAACUGAUGCUAAGCCUAGGUUAAAAUGGACACCUGAGCUACAUGAGCGCUUUGUGGAUGCGGUAAAUCAACUUGGUGGACCUGAUAAAGCUACACCAAAGACGAUCAUGAGACUCAUGGGUGUCCCUGGACUAACGCUAUAUCACCUUAAGAGUCAUCUUCAGAAAUACAGGCUAAGCAAAAAUGUUCACGCCCAAGCUAAUGGCGGAAAUGCAAAAAAUAUGGUUGGUUGCACCAUGGCAAUGGAGAAGCCACCUGAAGGAAAUAGUUCACCAGCUAGCCACAUAAACCUUGGAACCCAGACAAACAAAUCUGUGCACAUAGGUGAAGCCCUUCAGAUGCAAAUUGAAGUACAACGCCGACUGCACGAGCAACUAGAGGUACAGAGACAUUUGCAACUCCGCAUUGAAGCACAAGGGAAGUACCUACAAUCUGUGCUAGAAAAGGCACAGGAGACACUUGCAAAGCAGAAUGCAGGGUCAGUUGGCCUAGAAACUGCGAAGAUGCAACUAUCAGAAUUAGUCUCAAAGGUAUCGACAGAAUGCCUCCAGCAUGCAUUUACAGGCUUCGAGGAGAUGGAAGGUUCACAAAUGGCACAAGGGCACACCAUGCAACUUGGUGAUGGAUCAGUUGACAGCUGCUUAACUGCUUGUGAUGGCUCACAAAAAGAUCAAGAUAUCUUAUCAAUCAGCCUUUCCGCUCACAGAGGAAAGGAGAUAGCAGGCAUGGCCUUCGAUAUACAAGCAAAAGAAAGAGGAAGUGAGGAUUUAUUUCUUGACAAGCUAAGCAGGACACCUCCAAGCCACCAAGAGAGGCGUGAGAGAGACAGUUUUAUUAUGGCAGCAAAAUUGGACCUGAAUAUCAAUGACACAAAUGAUGGGCCUCAGAACUGCAAGAAAUUUGACUUGAAUGGGUUCAAUUGGACCUAGGAAGAGUUAGCAAAAAACCUUGAGGAUAGAAUUUGACUUGCUUCAUCAAGAGUGACAAGCCUAUAAGCUUUGGCUCCCUCUGCCAAGCUAGUAGCAACGAGACGAGAGGAAGUGAAAUUGAAUGAGUUCUUUGAUCAGCGGCAUUGACGCAUCCUCCAUGGCAGGACCUAGGUCAUACUCGGACCAACGGUGCUCUCGGCCAUCGCAAUUCACUAAAAUAAGUGAUGAAGUUAACAAUAAGUAGGGCAUGCAGAUUGGUAGUGUAUGAGAGAACUGGGUUUUCGUCUCAUAUUCCUUAUUAUGACUGUACCAACAUAGAAAUACAACGAUUUUUGUUGCAAACCGCAUCACUGAUUAGCGGUUCGGACUGACCA